AGACCGACAGCCCGAGUUGUGACAGCCAGGACAGUCAUUGACAUCUGAUCUACUGCAGCUUCACCUUCAAACUCCCACUCCCAAAUUGUUCAUCUUAAUUUGGUUCAGCGAGGUGGGCUGUUCCAUUCCUUUGAUCUCUAUUACCAAUCCCCAUUUCCCCAAAUCUAAGAUAAACCCUCUUCAAUUCCGCUUCCAAUUCCACUUCCCCUGUUUUUUCCGCCGCCAUGCCCGGUUUAGUCUCCGUCAAAACCCCGCCGGAUGCUCCGCCGCUCCGGAUUUCAGUUCCCGACACGCCGCCGGCCACGAGUCACCGACCCCCAUCGCCUCUAACAAAGAAACAGCCCUCUCCUUCUCCUUCCCGAUCUAAGCCUUCGCCGAACGGGAAGAAGAAGCUUCAACCGGAGAGUCCGACAGCGGCUCUGUUUCCGCCGGAUUCUUCUCUGGACAACCCCGAUCUUGGUCCUUUUCUUCUUAAGCUCGCUCGGGAUACCAUCGCAUCCGGUGAUGGCCCGAUCAAAGCUUUAGAUUACGCGAUCCGAGCAUCGAAGUCAUUCGAACGGUGCGCCGUUGAUGGUGAACCGAGUCUGGACCUAGCCAUGAGUCUUCAUGUUCUAGCCGCUAUUUAUUGCAGCUUGGGUCGGUUUGAGGAGGCGGUGCCGGUUCUGGAACAGGCGAUUCAAGUCCCUCAGAUUGGGAGAGGGCCGGAUCAUGCCCUUGCUGCUUUUUCCGGCCAUAUGCAGCUGGGUGAUACGUAUUCGAUGCUGGGUCAGAUCGAGCGCUCCAUUGGUUGCUAUGAAGAGGGCUUGAAGAUUCAGAUCGAAGCCUUGGGUGAGACGGAUCCCAGAGUUGGAGAGACUUGCAGGUAUUUAUCAGAAGCACACGUUCAAGCAAUGCAAUUUGAUCGGGCGGAAGAAUUGUGCAAGAAAACUCUCGAGAUUCAUCAUGCGCAUAGUGAGCCUGCGUCGCUUGAAGAAGCAGCUGACCGUCGACUGAUGGCGCUUAUUUGUGAGGCAAAAGGUGAUUAUGAAUCGGCGCUUGAGCACCUCGUCCUGGCUAGUAUGGCGAUGAUUGCAAAUGGACAAGACAGUGAGGUUGCUGCCAUUGAUGUCAGCAUUGGAAAUAUUUACAUGUCUCUAUGUCGUUUUGACGAGGCAGUUUUCUCGUAUCAGAAGGCGCUCACUGUAUUCAAAGCAUCUAAGGGUGACAACCAUCCUCUGGUUGCCUCUGUUUUCAUUCGCCUUGCUGACCUUUAUCACCGGACUGGAAAGCUCCGGGAGUCGAAAUCGUAUUGCGAAAAUGCAAUGAGGAUAUACUCAAAGCCUGUACCGGGAACUUCACCCGAAGAAAUUGCUGGUGGAUUAACAGAAAUUUCAGCGAUUUACGAGUCUGUUGACGAGCCUGAGGAGGCGUUGAAGCUCUUACAAAAGGCAAUGAAGAUGUUGGAGGAUAAACCGGGACAGCAAAGCACGAUUGCUGGGAUAGAAGCACGAAUGGGAGUGAUGUUCUACAUGGUUGGACGAUACGAGGAUGCGAGGAGCGCUUUCGAGAGUUCGAUAUCGAAACUUAGAACCACCGGGGAGAGAAAAUCUGCGUUCUUCGGGGUUGUUUUGAACCAAAUGGGAUUGGCUUGUGUGCAGUUGUUCAAGAUAGAUGAGGCUGCUGAGUUGUUUGAAGAAGCAAGAGGAAUUUUGGAGCAGGAGUGUGGCAAUUGUCAUCAAGAUACCAUUGGAGUUUAUAGCAACCUUGCUGCAACUUAUGAUGCUAUGGGCAGAGUCGACGAUGCUAUCGAAAUAUUGGAAUCUGUUCUCAAGUUGAGAGAAGAAAAGCUCGGAAUUGCGAAUCCCGACUUUGAAGAUGAAAAGAGGAGACUGGCUGAGCUCCUGAAGGAAGCAGGCCGAACCCGAAACCGGAAAGCAAAGUCUUUGGAGAACCUCAUCGACCCGAGCUCAAGGAAGACCAAGAAAGAGACAACGAAAAAGUGGUCAGGUUUGGGAUUUAGAAUCUGAAAUGGAUAGUCUUCCAUGAAUAUUGGAGCUGCUUUUAGUGAUCCAAAAUGCACAUUCUGUAACAUAUAAGAUCAUGUAUAGAGUUGAUUUAGUUUUUUCUUUAUUUCUUUCUUUAUUUCUUUAAUUGGAGUAAGCCCUUUCUGUUUCUCUUUAUCAACUGAACUCAUUUAUUGUUUUUCUUCUCUUUGUGUUGUUAAUUGCUUCAUUGAAUGAAUGUCUGUGCUGUAAGGCUGUUACUUGAGAAAAAAAAAAAACAUGAUCUUGGUUGAAUAAGAUUCGUAGUUUCGGAUUUAA